AUGAUGGACCAACAAGGGACAAGAACAGCACCCUACUACUCAAUCCCUGCUCGUCACAUCGUCAGCGUGGAGCACCCAGCCAUCAUCAAGGACGUCGACAAGGCAAUUGACACUCUACAAGGCAAUGCAGGUAUCUCAAAGAUUCUGAACCCCCCAAAGGCUGAUACCCGAGCCAAACUCUUUCUGCGGCCAGAGGAUGCCAUGUCUCGACCACUGCAGUCGACGAGCUCGGCUUCUAACAAUAUCCUUCUCAAAGUGACAGUUCCCAAGAGGACCGGCCGGAAACGUAAGAAGGGCUCGGAUGAACCGUUCUCUGGCGUUCCUGUCACGACUGUCCAUGAACAGCCUCAGCGGAGGAGUGCGAAGCAGCUACUCCGAAGUCUGAGUGACAAUGUGGGCAAGUAUAGGGUUGAGCCGGUUGGGAUGGUUAACCGGACGCACGUGUUUCGGGGAAUGCCCGACUUUGUCUACUCGACCACCGGGAGCGCAUUCACCAAUCGAUUCCGGGAGCAGAUACUCUCUUUUGACUAUGAUAAGAUGAAACAGUUUGAUAUUGACAUGAGCAAGGGUGCCACAUCCAAUGUUGAUAUCAUACCGCCGCCCUCUCUCAGUCAUGGGGAUGUCCCAUUUACCUACAUUUACCGCCAAAAUCCAACCGUCCGACAAUCAGUCGACACCUCUGGCAACUUCACCACCGUCAACACCUCCCAAGCCGCCAAAGUGCACACCUAUCUACUUCCCUUCGAUGCACCCGUGCCCAUCAAGCCGCGCGAAAACCUCGCCCCCAUCGACACCCUCGAGCCAACCCUACGAGAAACCAUCGCCCUCGUCGAAGAUCUCUUCAAAGAGCGCCCAGCCUGGACCCGCCGCGGCCUCCGCAACCACCUCAAAACCCCCGAACAGCGCUAUGCCCUCCGCCACGCCGUCCCCUACGUAGGCUAUAUCUUUCGCUCCGGACCCUGGCGCGACGCCAUCAUCAAAUUCGGCCACGACCCGCGCACCUCCCCCACCUACCGCAUCUACCAAACAGUCAUGUUCCGCAUCCUCUCCGGCACCUCGGAGCUCGCCCGUGACGCCGGCAGCGGCAGACGACACACCAUCCCACGACCCAACGAGGUCCCCACGGGCACCGACGCCUUCACCCCCUUACCAACAGACACACACCUCUUCACCGGCACUCCGCCCCUCCCACCAGACGGCCGGAUGUGGAUGUUCUGCGACAUCACCGACCCCCUCCUGCGCUCCAUCCUCUUCCCCGAUCCGCAACCCCCAGGCUUCCUACGAGAAACCUGCGAAAUCGCUGUCGACGGCUGGUUCGGCAGCGGCACCAUCGGCAAAGCCAGGACGAUCAUGCGCGCCAAAGUGCAGAGCAUGCUCGACGGCCGCGCCGCCGACGAGCGCGAGUUCGCCCGCGUCCUCCGCUUCCCGGACCAUGUUGCGCCGGAUAGCUCCCUUGCGGACUUCACGCUCGAUCCCGAGGGGAUCUCCUCGCGGGAGAUGCAGCUGGCGACUGAUAUCCGGGCGUCGAUUAAGGCGUCCUGGAAGGGUCAGCUUGAUGCGGCGGGUGCGAGUGCCCGUACAAAUGGUGCUCAUUCGGCGGGAGGGGUUGCUUCUGAUGCUGCGCGCGGGAAACGCGUGCAGUGGAGCGCGGAUGCAGGCGAGGAAGAGGAGAGCGAGGGCGAGGGCGAGGAGGAGGCGCUGCAGGAGGCGGAGAGGCUGGAGGCUCAGGUGGCGGCUGCCGCGGAAGCGGUAGAGGCUGCUGCUACGGCGGCGGACGAAGAUGAGGCGAAUGAUCUCGACCAGGAAGAGUCAGAUGCUGCAGAGGAUAUGGAUGUGGACGAACCGGCAAGGCCAUGA